AUGAAUUAUAUAUCAAAUACAUAUUUUAUAUCAAAGGAUUUCAUUGAGAGAGUGACUUUCGGAUUUGUUUUAAUUAAAGGAUGUUUGAACUUGACAAAGGUAUUUCCUUAACUUAAUUAGAUCACUUUUAAGACUGUAUCAUAAUAAUAUAGGAAUCCAUGAUAAAG